GUCAAUUUUCAGCACUUUAAUCAAUAGACAACAUGCAUCAAUCUUUCCCUCCACUCGGUUCUCCCACAUAUAACAUAGGCCAGCGCGUCUCCUUCGACUCGAAUUUAUGUACAAUUCGUUACAUAGGCGCGGUCGAAGGCACGGACAGGGAGUGGCUUGGUGUUGAAUGGGAUGAGCCUUCACGUGGGAAGCAUGAUGGAUCGCACAAAGGCAAGAGAUACUUCGAGUGUCAAAGUCCGUCUCCAACUGCGGCGUCUUUUCUGCGCACAACUCGAGUGAAAGAUAAAGAACAGAGCUUCCUCGAAGCAGUACGCGCGAAGUAUGCGCCUGAUGAUCCUUCCAGAAUAGACACGAUGGGCCAGAUCGAGAUCUCUGGAAAAGUUGUCCAAGAAGUCGGCUUCGAUAAGAUCAGGGAGCAGCAAAGUCAGCUUCAUGAGUUGAAAAUAGUUCUAGUGGACGGUAUGAGAAUCAACAAAGCACAAUACGAUCCACGCAAGCAUUUGGAGAUAUCCAUAGUAUGUCCCAAGAUUGUGGAACUCGACUUGAGCAGAAACCUGUUCGAAAACUUUUGGCAGAUUAUGGAAAUUUCCAAGCACCUCGUGGAGCUCAGAAAGUUGAGACUCAACGGCAAUCGGCUUCAGAACCUUGGUGUCGAUAUCUCAGUGCACAAAAGCGACGUUAGAUCGGGACCGACUGAGAGUUCCGGAAUUAAAGACCUGGAACUGGAUAAUACGCUCAUUCCCUGGGAAGAUGUCAAGUCAAUACUCAUGCUGUUCCCACCAUUGACAAGUCUCUCUGCAUCAUCCAACUACUAUAAAUCUCUGACCUGUCCUCUCCACAACGGUAUUACGUCUUUGACGUUGGAAUACAACGAGUUCACCAUGAUUUGGGACAUCAUUCUUCUACGACAACUUGAAUCUCUGGAAGUAUUGCACCUGAAGGGGAACAAGAUAUCGAGUAUUGAUAAAGAGGGAUAUCAAUUGAGCUCGUUUCACGCCUUCGGAACGAGGCUGAGAUAUGUCGAUUUAUCCUACAAUGCAAUAGCUAAUUGGAAUUUCAUCGAUGACCUCCCACAGGUAUUCCCAGGGCUUGAAGAACUUCGGCUAUCCCACAACCCAGUCUACAAUUACAAUGGCUUGUCCAAGCAAAACGAGAACAUCGGCAGUGAGGAGGGAUAUAUGCUUACUGUGGCAAGGCUCAAAGAUCUGAAGUCAUUAAACUUCAGCAAGAUCACCCAGACAGACCGAAUGAACGCCGAAGGAUUCUAUCUAUCCAGGAUUGCCAAGGAAAUGGCUGAAGUGCUAGAGGGUGAGGAGAGUACGGUGAUCUCACGGCACAAGAGAUACACCGAGCUUAGCAAGCAAUAUGGAGCUCCAACGGUUGUUCGAAAAACAGAAGGAGCCGUCAACCCCGACUUUCUCGAAGCUCGUUUGAUCAAGUUCACGUUUCACUUGCCCGCGAACACACAAGCUGGCCAACAAGAGGCAAUCAUCAAAGUGCGGGAAAUUCCAAAGUCGUUUGACGUCUAUCGGGUGAAAGGUAUUGUGAGAAAGUUGUUCGAUAUUCCUCCCAUGAAUAUACGUUUGAUUUGGGAGACCGGAGAAUGGGAUCCCGUUGCUGGUUACGAGGAUGACGAGGAAGACAGCGAUGAUGAAGGAGGGGCCAGAGUGAAGGAAGCUGAAGCAGAUGGUACGACAACCCAAGAGAAGGGAAGAUGGAUGAAGAGAGAAAUUGAAAUUGAAGAUGGAACAAGACAGAUCGGAUUCUGUGUUGAUAGUAUAGAGCCAAUGGUUCGCAUUGAGAUGAGAUGAAUUGAUUAGACGUUGAUACCCCUGUACGAGUAUGUAUUGCGACAACAAUACCGCUCAUUCUGUUUGUUGCAGCGGCUACCAAGCCGCCCUCAGUAUCAAUCAAGUAUUGUUUGUG